AUGGAACGGGUGGGGAUUGUCGGUUUUCUCCGUUCGAUUGGUCGGAGCUGCCUUAGCCGCCGCCGUCGUGAUUCCCGCAACGAGCGGGACGGUUUACCUCUUCUGCCCAUUCCCAGGACUACGUACCAGGAGACACUGCUAGCUCCAGCCGAUAUCGCAAUGAAUUCUGCUACUAAAGGCGACGAGGCCUCGGCCAUAUCGAACUAUCCCCUCGCGAUCGAGCACUACACCAAUGCUUUGACCGAGAUGCCCCGCGCCCCGAGCUACUACAUCUCGCGCUCCACUGCCUACUCCCGCCUGAAGCCCGCAGACGGCGGACCGAACUUUGAAGCUGCACUCAAUGAUGCCGAAGUUGCUCUUCGUCUCGCUGUCGACCGUGGAAACCGUGAGCUGAUGAUCGCCGCUCAAAUGCGCCGCGCCAUCGCGCUGUACCAGCUGGGUCGUUUGGGCGAUGCAUCCUAUCUGUUUGAAAUACUAGAAGCUAAGGUCGGCUCCACCAAGCCCUCCGACGAUAAGAAUAAGGAGUUUCAAGCUGCGAUGGCGCAGGGCGAGCCUGCCUCCAAAUCCAAAUAUCGUACCGAGCUGCCCAUCUGGUUGGCUAAGACCCGCCGACAGAAGCCUGAGAAGCCUGAGGGUGACGAAAAGUGGGCUGUGACUGUAAAAGAGAUCCCUGAUGAUGUUGAAAUUUUCAGUGUUGCGCAAUUGAAGGAUCAGUUGGCCGCUGUCAAGGCUGAAAACACACAAGCAUCGGCUCGUUCUGAGGAGACCACUGCAGUCCCUCCUCAGAAGGAAACCCCUGCCACCCUCGUCAACCCGGACAACUACCGUCAUGAUUGGUACCAAAAGAAUGACACCGUUUUCGUGACUCUCCAUGUGAAGAAUCUCACCGACCACGUCUUUUCCGUCAAAUUUACUGAGACAUCGGUCUUAGUGCAAAUCUCCCUCCCAGAGGGCCCUGACUUCGAAUGGACUCUUGCUCCUCUCUACGGCACUGUUCGCCCCGAAGAUUGCACGUACACUUUCACCCCCGCAAAGACUGGAACCAGAAUCCCUGGAAAGAUUGAAAUGAAAAUGCCCAAGAAGACGGCUCGCAAGUGGCUUCAUCUGACAGGCGAAGCUGCCUCGGAUGCUACGGCUCGCGACAACUCCGGCAUACAAAGUGCCUCUUCUGCUCAAAGUGCCCCUUCCGCUCCCCAAUACCCUACCUCGUCCCGUAAAGGUGCCAAGAAUUGGGACAAGGUCGCGGACUCUUUGGGCGAUGGGGCAAAUGAUGAUGAUGAAAAUGGCGAUGCUGUCGACGGAUUCUUCAAGAAGCUCUAUGCCAGUGCUGACCCGGAGACUCGCCGGGCCAUGAUCAAGAGCUACACCGAGAGUCAGGGGACUGCUCUGAGCACCAACUGGUCCGAGGUUGGAAAAGGCAAGGUGAAUGCGGUGGAAGACACCCCUAAAUAA